AUGUCUGGGAAAAUAGACAGUAUCGUAGCAAGCGCUACAAAACUGGUAUUGGACGAUAUCACUGGCGAAAUGGUCGCCAGAAAUGAGCUCAAAAAAAGAGUCCAGAAGCGGGCGAGAAAAGCGGCUGCAGAAGAGGCACGCGCUCAGAGAGCCACCGAGGCCCAGCACGACGCAAAGACCGCUGCUCCAAAAAUAAAAACCGAAAGAGGAGUGCUUCCCAUUAUUGAAGAUCAUGACACCAUGUUUACAAAGGGUUUCUUGGCUGAUGUGUUCAAGGAGCGACCGGUCAAGCCAGUGGUCACUCGCUUCCCACCCGAACCAAACGGCUAUCUGCAUCUAGGCCACGCCAAAGCCAUUGCCAUAGAUUUUGGCUUUGCUCGGUAUCACGGAGGAGAAACUAUUUUGCGCUUCGACGACACCAACCCAAACGAAGAAGACCAGGUUUACUUUGAUGCUAUCCAGGACAUCAUCAAAUGGCUAGGCUUCAAUCCGAGCAGGAUUACAUAUUCCAGCGACAACUUCCAGCGGCUCUACGGCCACGCUGAAAGGUUGAUAGGGCUAGGCAAGGCAUACGUGUGCCACUGCACCCAGGCCGAGAUUCAGCUCUCGCGCGGUGGAUAA